CAACACACAACCAUUCAUGCGAGCAUCAUGGCACACGUACACAUGCCUCCCUCGAAAGCAGACUCCUUUCCCCCGCUCCCGGGGAACCUCGACGCCCGCCAUCACGAUUUACAGGGCGAAUACGCCCGCGACAGCAACGGCCAUAUCGCACCCGACGCACAAUACACUCCAUACCUUGGGCUGAGAGCAAAGUUAUCACAGGUGUGGAUCAACAAAUGGACGAUCCUGCUGCUGCUCGUCCUCGCAAGAGUCCUCCUGGCCAUCCAGGGCCUUGAUAACAACAUCGCAUCCGCCAAAGCCAAAGCUCUCUCGGCAUGCACGAGCGUGGAGAAUGUGGGCAGCGCUAUGGCUUCGAUGCCUCACUACAUGUCAGGGGGCGUCAACGCCAUGGCUGCCAGCGGCGUAACGAAAGCCGUAAAUGGUCUUAUGAGCAUGUUGAUGCUUGCGGUUACGGGGGUCGAAGAGAUCGUUCUAUUCAUCAUCAACAUGAUGACCUCGACUUAUAUUUGCUUGAUUACGUUGGUUGUUGGAGGAGCAUUGCACGCCGCCUUGGAAGUCAUCGAUAAGGCAGGCCAGUUCCUCAACAAGACCUUGGGUACCGUUACAGGCGAGAUUACGGACGGCAUUAAUGGUUUCCAAAGCCAUAUGAACACCUUCCUCAAGGACAUCGCUGGAGUCACCGGACUUUUCGGGGGCAAAUCAAGCCCGCCAACCAUCGAUCUCACGUCAGAGAUGAACAAGCUGAAGAGCAUCAACUUCAAUGCCGCCAACCUCGACACCAACGUCAAGGCACUCGAUGCCAAGAUCCCAGACUUCAGCGAGGUCCACAACUUCACCAACAACCUGAUCCGCACGCCCUUUGAGGAGAUCAAGAAGCUGAUCAACGCGUCGACAAUCGGGUACAGGUUUGACAAGUCCGUCUUCCCCGUCGCCCAGAAGGAGGCUCUUACCUUCUGCUCCGACAACAACGGCAUCAACGAUUUCUUCAAUGGUCUUUCUAAAACUGCCGAUGUCGCCCGCAAGGCUUUCAUCGGUAUCGUCGUUGCCCUGGCGAUCAUCGCCUGUGUGCCCAUGGCCUACCGCGAGAUUCGGAAGUGGCGCAUCACCAAGCAGCGCGCCCUGCUCAUCCAGAAGCAGGCGUUCGACCCAAUGGACUUGAUGUACCUCGUCGCGCGCCCCUACACCUCAACCGCCGGCAUCAAAGUAGCCUCUAAAAUGAAGACCACUAAAAAACAGGUUCUCAUGCGUUGGUUCGUCGCGUACAUCACCACCAUCCCCGCCCUCUUCGUCCUCCUCCUCGCAUUCGCGGGCUUCUUCUCCUGCCUCUGCCAAUACAUCCUCGUGCGCACAAUCGAGAAGGAAGUCCCCGCCCUAACCAACCAAGUCGGCGACUUCAGCCAAAACGUCGUCCUCGCCCUCAACAACGCGUCCGAGCAAUGGGCCACCGGCGCCAACAGCGUCAUCACCUCCACAAACACCAAGAUCAACACCGACGUCUUUGGCUGGGUAACCACCUCCACCACCGCAGUAAACCACACCCUCAACGUCUUCGUGGACAUGGUCGACAGCCUCCUCAACGAGACCUUUGGUGGCACCAUCCUCUACACCCCCAUCCAAGAGAGCCUCAACUGCCUCCUCCUCCUCAAAAUCCAGGGUAUCGAGAAGGGCCUAACCUGGGUCCACGAUAACGCCCACGUCGCCUUCCCGCUUUUUGAAAAGGACGUCUUCUCCCUCGGCGCGGCGGCUUCGUUGUCGGGUGAGCCGGAUGCGGAGUCCUUCCUCGCGUCGCCAGGGUCGAGCGCCUCGGAUGAUAUCUCGGGGGCUGUUCAGCACGUGGUGGAUUUCAUGUACAAGACCAUCCGCGAGGAAGCCAUCAUCGCCACCGUCCUCUUCGCCGUCUACCUUCUCAUCGUGCUCACCGGCGCCAGCCGCCUCAUGGUCGGGCUCAUGACCCGCGACAAGACGCGCGCCGAAGGCGGAGGCGCCCCGGCGUUUUCCCCGCCGUAUGAGGAGCGUGAGAUGAGGCCGGCGGAGUUUGGCGCGUUUAGAGGGGAGGUGGAGACGCCAUUUCCGAGGGAUAAUCAAGAUGGGCCGUGGAUGGUGGGUGCGGUUGGGGGGGAGCAGCUGGAGAAGGUCGGGCAUGUGGGACAUGGAGCGCAGAGGAGUGUGGGGGAGGCGAGUGUGGGGGGGCAUGGGAGGGCGAGUAGUUAUGGGUUUGUGGGGGAGAAGGGGGGGUGA